AUGGCGAAUAUGGCCGGUGAUGAAGUGCUGUUGAAUUGUACAGUAUCAGUUGGCGGUGAGCCAACAGCCACCGAGGACGAUGUCGUGUGGACUCGUGACGGUAAAGCGAUGAAUCUCAACGAUACUAGCAGUCUGCAUGGAUUUCGAGUCAGAAUGGUGUCAGUUAUUCUGCUAGAGCCAAGUAAGAACUACAAAUAUGGGAAAGUAAAGCGAUCGGCCGGUGUCGUCGUGCAUACGGUUCGGAUUCGCCAAGCGACGAUGGAAGACGAUGGCGACUAUGCCUGCGAAAGCCGACAUCAACGAGCUAGCCAGAUCGUACACGUCAAUAAAGCCGAGGCACAACGAAGUUCAUCUUUGUCGUUGGCGAUGUUAUGCACUGAACUGGCGGUCCUUAUGAUUGUUGGACGAGUUUUAUGA